GUGCACCCCCAGACGCGUCACCACCCACUCACCCGGUCCACGGUUCCUCACACGCACCCACCGUUGCCGUACACCUGUAACGCGAUAAGAGGAUACGAUAUCUCACACAGAGAGAAGAGAAACGCACAGAGAGAGUUCUAGAGUGAGAAACUCCGUCUCCAGAGAGAGAAAGUCCGAGAUCUGAUCGGAACCGAGGUAACGCUAGCUCCAAACCUACUCUAUGCUCCCUCGCGAACCUCACUUUCUUCUUCUUCGUCGAUUCGUUUCUAUUUUCUGGAUUUAACUCGGUGGAAGUUCUAGGUUAUUAUUGUUCUUUCUCCGUGCGCGAGUCGUUGUUUUCCGUAAAACCUUAGGUUUCGGAUUCUAGGGUUUGGUGAAGGUUUUAGGUUGAGGGAAAACGAAUUAGGGUUUUUGGAUGUAUGGCUUCGGGGCCAAUAGUUGGAGAUGAUGGAGCCAAAGAGAAGCAGAGGUACACCGAGAGUAAGGUUUACACUAGGAAAGCGUUUAAAGGUCCGAAGAACAAAGGUAACGCCGUCAUCACCGUGAACGCUGUUCCUCCUCCUCCUCCUCCUCCUCCUCCUGCCGCCGUAGCUACUACCAACGGCGGCGACGACGGUUCUGCUACUGUUAUUGCCGUUGAUUACAACAAUAAGGAUAACAGUACUGUCGAUAACGGUGAUGUUAGGGCUAAGGAUAAUAGCAAUAACGCCUCUGUUCAGCCGGUGCCGGAGGAUGGGAAUUCAGCCCGUCCGCAAGUUAAUUCGAUGUUGGAUACGGUUUCAGAUGACUCCUCCAGCUUGAACCGUCCUCAAGAUGAACCUUUUAGUGUUCCAGGCGUGGGAGAGCGGUCGCCGGGACCGGAGAAUUGUGUCAGGAUCAGUUUGGCUUCGCGGUCUAAGCAGGAGAAGCGGGAGCUGAGGAGGAGGCUUCAGGGUGAGCUUAAUAGGGUUAGGAGUUUGGUGAAUAGGAUUGAGGAGAAGUUGGGGGUGCUUGGUGGGUAUGGUAAUUCUGAUAUGAUGGUGGAUCGUGGGAUUGGUAAUGGGGUUGGAGCUAAGAGGGCUCACUCGGAGGUGGCAUCUGCUGUUGUUACACCUCGAGAGCGAGAGCCUACCCGGCCUUUGCAUCAGUUGAGUGUGUCAGUGUUGGAGAAUAGUCAAGGGGUUACUGAAAUUGUUGAGAAGGAGAAGAGGACGCCAAAGGCAAACCAGUUUUAUCGCAAUUCGGAGUUCUUGCUGGGGAAAGAUAAGUUUCCACCCGCAGAGAGUAACAAGAAGUCUAAAUUGAAUGGGAAGAAGCAUGUCGAGGGUGAGAUGGGACAUGGAAUGGGUUCCAAGCUUUUAAAGAGUUGUAGUGCGUUGCUUGAGAAGUUGAUGAAGCACAAACAUGGUUGGGUGUUUAAUGCUCCGGUUGACGUGGAGGGUCUUGGUUUGCAUGAUUACUUUAGUAUCAUCACACAUCCAAUGGACUUGGGAACUGUGAAGUCAAGGCUGAACAAGAAUUGGUACAAAUCACCCAAGGAGUUUGCUGAGGAUGUGAGACUUACAUUUCAUAAUGCCAUGACUUAUAAUCCCAAAGGGCAAGACGUUCAUAUAAUGGCAGAGCAGCUACUUAACAUAUUUGAAGAAAGAUGGGCUAUAAUAGAAUCAAAUUACUACCGUGAGAUUAGAUAUGGCCUGGAUUAUGGAGCACCUUCACCUGUGUCUAGAAAGGCUCCUCCCUUUCGGCCACCACCAAUUGAUAUGAGGCGGAUUUUGGAUAGGUCAGAAUCAAUGACACAACCUCCAAAAAUCAUGGGCAUCACUCCUUCGUCUCGAACCCCUGCUCCCAAAAAGCCCAAGGCCAAAGAUCCUCAUAAGAGAGACAUGACAUAUGAGGAAAAGCAGAAACUCAGCACACAUCUUCAGAGUCUACCUUCUGAGAAGCUAGAUGCAAUUGUACAGAUCAUUAAGAAGAGAAACUCAGCACUUUCACAACACGAUGAUGAAAUUGAAGUGGACAUUGAUAGUGUGGAUACUGAGACUCUCUGGGAGCUUGAUAGAUUUGUGACCAACUAUAAGAAAAGUUUGAGCAAAAACAAGAGGAAGGCUGAGCUUGCUAUUCUAGCUAGAGAACGAGCUGAGCAGAAUGCCCAGCAGAAGAGUCAGGCACCAGUUGCAGUAGAGAUUCCGAAAGAAACACAAGCAGAUGAAAGAAAUGUUCCCCCAUCCUUGCCCGAGCAAGGACAAAUUCCAGUGGAUAAUGGGAGUAAGACCAGUAGUUCAAGCAGCUCCAGCAGUGAUUCAGGCUCUUCGUCAAGUGAUUCUGAUAGUGAUAGUUCCUCAGCCUCUGGGUCUGAUGCAGGGUCACCAAAAACCUGAAUUCUUUCUGUCAGAUCUCAGAUAUUUAAGAUUAGACAGUGAUGCAAUGCUUGGCUAGUUGGUUUUUUUCCCGCAUCCAGAUUUAGCUGUUGGUUUGUAAAGGAAGCAUUCUCAAGACCACCUAUGAUCCCUAUGGAUGCAGUAUGGGGUCCUUUUCUCGCGUCUGUUGGAACUGUUGCACUACUGCUUUAAGGCAUUAUAUGUGAUAACACAAACCCAUGUAAAAUAUUUGGUAGAAUGUGAUGAUAGGUAGAUAGUUCUCCGUAGCAGUGUACAUUGCUAACUACUGCUACUCUCAUUAGGUUUCCAUUGAUGACUUGGUUUGAUUUUGUGCUGGUAGAUUCUAGAUUCUUGCUGUUAUACAAAGAUAAUCUGCAAUUCAAGUUCCUGAUGUCACUAUUGGUUCACAUGAAAUCUCGUUCCAUAUGGUAAUGGCAGCAUGAGUUUGGCAUCAAUUUGUUUGUAAUGAUAUAGGAGCAUUAAGGAAGUAUAUUUUCAUCCUCUGGUUGAGAUAUCUGAUCCUGAGCAAUUCAGCUGUGGGUUACGUUAUUCAGUAUUAUCCUUUCCUGCUAUCAAAUCAAGCAGUGGAGGAUGCUACAGUUGUACAGUCAAGGAUAUGUUGAGCCUUAGAUUUUGGUUAUGCAUAUAAAAUGAAUGUCCUUUUUGUGUUUUUAA